AUGAGCACCGUCAUCGAAGCUCCCUACGGUACUUGGGAAUCGCCAAUCAGUGCCGCCCAAGUUGCUCAGUUGUCCAAUUCAAUAGCAGAGCUCCUUGUCGAUCCCAUCACGAACAAAAUCUACCACGUCGAAUUACGGCCAACGAACGAGGGAAAGAACGCCCUAGUCGAGUCUGAUACACGUCGAGAUUUAGUUAGUGGGGACUGGGAUGUACGCACAGGGGUGCACGACUACGGCGGAGGUGCUGCGAUCAUCUACGGUGGUAUCGCCUACUUCUCCAACUACAGCGAUGGCCGGGUGUACAGCAUAGAUAUCAAAUCGGAGGGGGGCACUCCUGAGGCAGUUACUCCAGAUAGUCAAAGCCUCCAUCGGUUCGCCGAUUUCGACGUCCAUCCCAAGAAUCCUGAACUUGUGGUAGCAAUUAUGGAAGACCACACCGAUGAUCCUAACGGCGAAGCCCCAUCCAAAGUAGUGAAUACUCUCUGCAUCAUUGACACGGUGGCGAAGACAGUCACUCCCCUGGUCUCUGGCGCGGACUUCUAUUCUAAUGCAAGGUUCUCGCCAGACGGUACUCGUCUCAUCUGGCUUCAGUGGUUCUUCCCAGAUAUGCCCUGGGAGGGCUCUGAACUUAGGCACGCUAAUGUCAGCGUCACGGAGGGGAAAGUCAGUUUGACGAACAUCAUCACUAUUGCCGGUGAGCCCACCCAGAUUAGCGUCGCUUUUCCAUCCUGGAUCAACAACGACACCUUGCUGUUCACGAGCGAUCAAUCUGGAUAUCAAAACCUUCACAAGUAUACAGGUGGCCAAGCUACGCCGGUAUUCCUCGAACCCAUUGCUAACGACUUCAGCCAGCCGGCCUGGACGCUAGGCUGGUCACCGCAUGCCCCCAUCGACGAGGCUGGACAACAUAUCCUUUGCACGGCGUGGAAGGACGGGAAAACCGUCAUAUACCUCGCCGACAUCCAAAGCGGGGCUCCCCCGAAACUCAUCGAGUCGCCUUUCGUGGCCAUCAAUGUCAUCCGCGCUGUUUCUACAGCAAGUCAUCAAGCAGUAUUCUCGUCCCCCAAAGUUGACGAAGAGAGUGCUAUAAUUCUUUGCACCCUGCCUUCUUCCCUUGAACCCAACGACGCCAAAUUUACGGUGGUUGGACCUGCCGCAACGAAGGAUAUAUCAGUCGAGUUCCCAGACGGAAUUAUUUCUGCUCCUCUGCCUCACGACAUCGGCCCAGAAGAUGCUCCUGUCCACGUCAUUUACUACGCCCCUACCAACCCAGCGUAUAGUGGUCCCCCGGGCGAACUACCACCUUGUGUCGUCAAUGUCCAUGGAGGUCCCACGGGCCUCGAAGGCCAAGGUCUAAACUUGACGAAACAAUAUUUUACAAGCCGAGGUUGGGCCUGGUUGGAUGUCAAUUACGGUGGUUCAUCAGGCUACGGUCGUGCGUAUAUUCAACGCCUCGCAGGAAAAUGGGGAAUUGUAGAUACAGAGGACUCGAUCAAGGCCGUGGACAUCCUUUCGAAAGAGCCGUACAGUCUCCUUGAUGCUGGAAGGGCCGCGAUCCGGGGAGGCUCUGCAGGAGGGUAUACUACCCUCGCCGCGCUCACGAUAAGCUCGAAUCCGGCUGCCUUCACCGCUGGUACCGCGUCCUAUGGCAUCUCCGACGUAGCCAAGCUCGCCGAGUCCACACACAAGUUUGAAUCCUACUACAUGAACAAGCUCAUCGGAGCCUCCCCAGAAGAGGACCCUCAACUGUACCAGGAUAGAUCUCCAAUUUAUCAUGUAGAUAAGGUCACGUCCCCGCUAUUGCUGUUGCAUGGAGAACUCGAUCGCGUCGUUCCAGUGGAACAGGCCCAACAGAUGCAUGAUGCCAUCUGUGCAAUUGGUCAGGCGGAAUGUGAAAUACACAGAUAUGCUGGCGAAGGUCAUGGGUGGCGUAAAGAGGCCACCAUCGAGGAUGCACUCGAACAGGAGCUGGAGUUCUACGAGUGUCACUUGCUGCACUCCGAGGGAAGUGGCCAUUGA